CUUUCCACAGAGGCCCCAGAGGUCUGGGGUGGUAACAUGGUGGGCUCUGGGAUCUCAGCUCUGGGCCUUCUCCUGUUGAUGCAGGGCUCAGUAGAUUCGAAUGGAAUCCAGGGAUUUUUCUACCCAUGGAGUUGUGAGGGAGAUGUGUGGGACCGAGAGAGCUGUGGGGGUCAGGCAGCAAUCGAGAACCCCAACCUCUGCCUACGUCUUCGAUGCUGCUACCGGGAUGGCGUGUGUUAUCAUCAAAGGCCAGAUGAAAAUAUGCGGAGGAAGCAUAUGUGGGCACUGGGCUGGACCUGUGGCAGCCUACUCUUCCUGAUCACCAGUAUCUGUCUCUUCUGGUGGGCCAGGCGCCGAGACAUGCUGCACCUACCGCACUUUCUACAAGGGAAAUGUAAUAGACUGUCAGGAACAGUCUCCCUACUGUCUAAGGACCGAGGAAUGGUCAGCAAGAGGUCAACCCCGAUUGGCACGCCUGUCAUGGUGCCACAAUCCUCAGGAGGCACUGAAGCAGAAGUUACAGUUUCCGGGGAGGAAACAGAGGGAGGUGAAGAAUAA